AUGGAGCCAGACCUGGGAAACUCUAGGCGGACAAGGAACACGGGAGCCAGGAAAGGAAGAAGCAAGUGUGGAGGCCACAUCCCACCCAGCAUCAAUCCAUUUAACUCCCAUUUGGCUCCAGGAUCAUGGAACUAUCUCGUGGACCCCACAGAGAAGACAGGUGAGAAUCUAACGCCAACUUACCUCCACGAAGGUCUCCUUCUCUCCCAAGCUGCAGGGACUUGUCGUUAUGCAAUUCUGACAUUCAUUUUGACCCUAUCCAGAGCUCACAACUCAGGCCUGGAGGAGGCACUUCGAGACUGUGAGAUGGUCGCUUGUUAUUGCUCUUCUGACUCCAUUCCCGAAAGAGGCUGUGUGCAAGAAUCGGGCAGAAACCAUGACAAAGGCAAGUCCAAGGAGGAGCAGUGUUCUCACACCUCAGACUGGCCCCUCACGUCUUCACAUCAGGAGUUUGCCAGUAUGGCCCCAAUUUGCACUCCAAAUAUUCCUUGCACGUUGGAGGACUCCCACCUGAACACUGGGAAAUGGUGUGCAGUUGUGGGACCCCAUCCACCCCUCACCAGAUUACAUCCUCACCUCUAUCUGACCUUAUUGCUGCUCACACUCUAUGUCCCACGAUGA